GGCCUAUUCAGAAACUUUGAUGAUGCCUUCUUGCCAGUUCUGAAGCCCCACUUGGAACAUCUGGUUGCAGACUCUCAUGAAAGUACCCAACGAUGUGUAGCUGAAAUUAUAGCUGGCCUGAUAAGAGGCUCUAAACACUGGACAUUUGAAAAGGUAGAGAAACUUUGGAAGCUUUUGUGUCCACUACUUCGAACAGCUUUAUCCAAUAUUACCGUGGAAACAUAUAACGAUUGGGGAACAUGUAUAGCAACUUCCUGUGAGAGCAGAGAUCCUCGGAAACUGCACUGGUUAUUUGAGCUGUUGUUGGAGUCUCCUUUGAGUGGUGAAGGAGGAUCAUUUGUAGAUGCAUGCCGACUCUACGUACUGCAAGGUGGCCUUGCACAGCAAGAAUGGAGAGUACCAGAGCUGCUGCACAGGUUACUAAAGUACUUGGAACCUAAACUCACCCAGGUUUACAAAAAUGUCAGAGAAAGAAUAGGAAGUGUUUUGACCUACAUAUUCAUGAUAGAUGUUUCCUUGCCAAAUACUGCUUCAACAAAGUCUCCUCAUGUCCAUGAGUUCACUACACGAAUACUUGAAAAACUCAAACCUCUUAUGGAAGUGGAUGAAGAAAUUCAGAACCACAUUAUGGAAGAGAAUGGAGUUGGUGAACAAGAUGAGCGAACUCAGGGCAUUAAACUCUUGAAAACCAUCCUGAAAUGGUUGAUGGCAAGUGCAGGUCGGUCCUUCUCCACAGCUGUCACAGAACAACUCCAACUCUUACCUUUGUUUUUCAAGAUUGCACCAGUAGAAAAUGACAAUAAUUAUGAUGAACUCAAAAGAGAUGCUAAGAUGUGUUUAUCACUAAUGUCUCAGGGAUUGCUAUAUCCUCAACAAGUGCCUUUGGUACUCCAGGUGCUAAAACAAACAGCAAGAAGCAGUUCUUGGCAUGCGAAAUACACAAUACUGACCUACCUCCAAACUAUGGUAUUUUAUAAUCUCUUUAUCAUCCUCAACAAUGAAGAAGCAGUGAAUGACAUAAGGUGGUUGGUUAUAAAGCUUUUGGAAGAUGAACAGCUUGAGGUGAGAGAAAUGGCUGCUACCACACUGAGUGGUCUGCUACAGUGCAACUUCCUCACUAUGGAUAGCCCUGUGCAGGCUCACUUUGAACAGCUCUGCAAGACAAGACUACCAAAAAAGAGAAAGCGAGACCUUGGCACAGUGGUGGAUACCAUUCCUUCUGCAGACUUGGUUAAGCGCCAUGCUGGUGUGCUUGGACUUAGUGCCUGUAUUUUGUCAAGCCCUUAUGAUGUGCCCACUUGGAUGCCCCAGCUUCUGAUGGACCUCAGUGCUCACCUUAACGAUCCCCAGCCUAUUGAGAUGACAGUAAAGAAAACACUGUCCAAUUUCCGGAGAACACACCAUGACAACUGGCAGGAGCACAAACAGCAGUUCACUGAUGACCAGCUGCUUGUCCUUACAGACCUCUUAGUAUCACCAUGCUAUUAUGCUUAAAUAGGUUCUUCUUGGAAAUCAUGAGGACCUAGAAACAUUUCUGCAAAAAUAAAGGAAACUCAAAACUAAUUUAUUGUGUAUGGAACUUUUAGUCUUGGAAAUCGUGAUGCCUAAUCAAAACCAUUUUUUAAAUACAAAUAUUAGGUUCUAACGGAGCUCUAUUCAUCACAAAUUACAACUUCACAGGGAGUAACUAUGGGAACCCUGCAUUCUUCCGUUACUGCAUCUGCGGGGCCAGAUCAUUACUUGUUUCAAAGUGUAAUGUCAUGGGCCUGCAUUAUACAACCUUACCACCUUCACUCUCUGCUCACUGGCUUACACCACCCAUCUCUUCCCUCCUUUUUCUUUCUUAUUCCGUGUGCCCAGUCAUUUUUACAUCAGUGGAUUUGCAGAGCACACAACUGCAAGUCUGAACAUUCUAAGGGAAGUGCUCCAGUUUUGGUUGACAUUUUUUAUCUGAUCAACCUGCAGGAGCUGGUACCUAUGAACCUCAAACCCACCUACUCCCAUAACAAGAGGCCAGGAACCUAUUUUUCUCAAAGGACUUUUUUUCACUGCUUGCUUUCAAGUACCCAUUAGGUGACAAAGUCUGUACCAUUUAAUCCAGCUGAGUGUUGGACUACCCUUUUAAAUCUUACCUUCUAUGGAAAUGUAAAUAUCCAUUCUGUCCUCUGUAGCUGAGAUCAGUAGUAUGGAAAGUGGGGCAAUUUCCAUGAUCUGGCCAACUUUUAGCAGGUAAACUGACCAGAUGCACAACUUAAACCCAUGACCAUCUGCAGCUUCCUACGGGUGGAAGGCGGUGGAUCUUUUCAGAUGAAUAGAGCCCAUAGAUAUGAAUUUUUUGCUAUCAAGCAAUGUUUUAAUUCAGAGACUGAAGAGUAUGUACAGUGUGUAAAAGCACUGAAUUUUUUUAACAGAAUAUUCUCAUUAAAAAGACUAUUAGUCGCUAUUUGGAGAAGCAUACCUUGCAUAAAUGGAAGACUGCUGAGAUUGUGAAAGUUCUGGUUUUGGUUUUGGUUUUUUGCCUGCAACUUUGUUCAGAGACUGAUAUCUAUUGGCUAUUUAACGACAUGUUUAAUAUGUGUUACAUAGAUGUAAAAGACUGUAUAAAUUGUAGAGGCAUUGCUUUGGGAAGACAUUGUACAGUUUGCAACCUUUUACAUAACAUCAUUGUGAGAUUAAUUUGUAAAAAUUCACACUUCAGUGUUAAUACUAUAGUGCUUCUGGCUUUUGUAUCAAAUCAAAUGCCAUUACUAUUUUUUAAAUUAUUUUCUUUAGCAAAAUAUUGUUCCUUGUUUAAAAGGCAGAAAUUUUAUUUUGUUUUAGUUUUCAUUUAUCUCAUGACUACAUCUGAAGAGGAUUUUAAUGCAGCAUUUGUGGCCAUCUCUAAGUGCUAACAUCACAUGUUUUGAUGUGAUAAGAUUACAGAAUGCAAAGUACCUCCUGCAGUGAAAUAGUUCACAAGUUGAUGUGUUUCAUCUUUUACACAACCUGUACAGUCUUCCUUACAGGAGCACUACAAUACAUUUUGAAAUAUCUACCUGCUGAUUGAGUGACUCAAUACAAUUUUAAAGCACAGCAGUGUUCCUAGUACAGUAUUUACUAAGUGUCAGCACACAGAUGUAACCACUGUAUAGCGUAGUGCCAAAAUUAUUUCAAUUGUGUACGUAGUUUAAAACCCAAUAAAUGGAUUGUUUGUAACAUC